AUGUUGCAUUGGAGCGACUGGGUCAGGAGAAGUGACCAACUCAUGGAUAUGAGACGCGACACACACCACAGUGGCGUCACCAUCCCUCCGGAUCUUGUCUUGUCCACUCUCGUACCCAGCCAGAUUAUCAGCAUCAACAACCACCAAAAGAGCCCGGUACCUGUUCCAAGAUUCCCUCAGAUUGUCUUCAAAACCCUUAAUUAUCUCCGAGUGCACCAUCUGGUCAUGCAAAACGUAGCGGUAAUUCGCCUCGACCGCCUGAUGAUCACGCACCAGCAGAGAGCGUUGCGCGCGGGCGCGGACGAGGUCCCUAGUGACCUCCUGGUGCUGCUCCGUCACGAUCUCGAGGUGCUCAAAGGACGUCACUUCCCGGGCCAGGGACGGGUCCUUGCCCUGUCCGAGGAGUUGCGUCUUGGCCUCGGCCUUCUGUCGGUGGGCACUGAGCGAGCUUUCGUAGUUCUCAAGCCGCGUGACGAUGCUCUCGAUAUGGGAUAG